CGAGGAAAGUACAUCCGGGUCGCUGGGGCAGGUGCCUCAGGCCCCGCCCCUUCCCCAGCGCUGGCUCCCCACUUCCGGCCACCUCAGGCCUCUCCGCCGGCUUCCUGCGGCUUUUACUAUCUGCUUCCCAGGUGGCUUUUGGCGCCGCACCCCCGCUUGCUCCAUCGCGGCUGGCUCCUCAUCCCCCAUCUCACCGAGGCUCGGAGCGACUCGGGCUCAGGCCUGCGGCGCGGUGAGUCCGCGCAGACUCGUCUCCGCGCCUCCGCCGCUGUGUUCAGGCCGCCGCCACCGCCUCGGGAUGCCGCGGCCGGGUUCUGCGCCCCGCUGGGCGGCCGCCGCGGGCCGUUGGGGCUGCCGGCUGCUCGUGCUGCUGCUGCUGCUGCUGCUCGUUCCGGGACCCGGCGGCGCCUCCGAGAUCACCUUCGAGCUGCCCGACAACGCCAAGCAGUGUUUCUACGAGGACAUCACGCAAGGCACCAAGUGCACCCUGGAGUUCCAGGUGAUUACUGGUGGUCACUAUGAUGUAGAUUGUCGAUUAGAAGAUCCUGAUGGAAAUGUGUUAUAUAAGGAGAUGAAGAAGCAAUAUGACAGUUUUACUUUCACAGCCUCCAAGAAUGGGACAUACAAAUUUUGCUUCAGCAAUGAAUUUUCUACUUUCACACACAAAACCGUAUAUUUUGAUUUUCAAGUUGGAGAAGACCCCCCUUUGUUUCCCAGUGAGAACCGAGUCAGUGCUCUUACCCAGAUGGAAUCUGCCUGUGUUUCAAUUCAUGAAGCUCUGAAGUCUGUCAUUGACUAUCAGACCCAUUUCCGCUUGAGAGAAGCUCAAGGCCGAAGCCGAGCAGAGGAUUUAAAUACAAGAGUGGCCUAUUGCCACAGUAUGGAUACAAGUCAGAGAUGUCAUGAGUCGGAUUCCAAGAAAUCUGACAUCUCCCUGCGUGAGGUUGCUGAGCACAGCUGCACAACAGAGACGCCAGCAGGAGAGCUGGCGGGAGCUGCAGGCGUGGAUGGGAUGUCUGAAGAGGAGACAGAAGAAGAGGUGUUCUUCAAAUUUGUGAUAUUGCACGCAGCGGAUGACACAGACGAAGCUCUCAGAGUCCAGGAUCUACUCCAGAAUGACUUUGGCAUCAAACCUGGCAUCAUCUUUGCUGAGAUGCCGUGUGGCAGACAGCAUUUACAGAAUUUAGACGAUGCUGUAAAUGGGUCUGCAUGGACCAUCUUGUUGUUGACCGAGAACUUUUUAAGAGAUACCUGGUGUAGGUUCCAGUUCUACACGUCCCUCAUGAACUCCGUCAACAGGCAGCACAAAUACAACUCUGUCAUACCCAUGCGGCCCCUGAACAACCCCCUCACCCGGGAAAGGACUCCCUUUGCUCUGCGAACCAUCAACGCCCUGGAGGAAGAAAGUCGUGGUUUUCCUACACAAGUGGAAAGAAUUUUCCAGGAGUCUGUGUAUAAGACCCAGCAAACUAUAUGGAAAGAGACAAGAAGAAUGGCACAAAGAGAAUUCACUGCCUGAGGUGGAACACAGAACACGUGGCUGGCUCUCAACUUAUAAAACAAAUGACUUGUCUUCCCUUGAGAAAGUAACUUCCAGGACAGGUUUAAAUAAAAGAGAUCCUAUUCUUACAGAAACCUAGAGAGCACAAGGGAGAUAAAUUUCUGCCAGACAAUCAAAGAAUUGUGGUACUUCUUGAAUUUUCAAUAAACUCGAGAAAGUCAGUUUAAAAAUCUUUGCUGUCACAGUUUUCCUAAUUCAUGAGUAUGACAAAGGAUGUUCACAAUUCAUAGUUCUUGUGUUAAACCUUGAACAAAAACAUGCAUGAUAGACAUUUAAAAAUAUAUAUAACACUUUCGUUCUGGCCUAUGUGGCUCAGUUGGUGGGACUGUCAUCCAAUACACUGUAAGGCUGGAGUUUUUA